CUCUUCAACUUAGUUGCUCUGCUCUUUCUUCUGCUGACUUACUAUGACUUUGGGUUGAUAACAACAUGAAGCGGUUAAGGAGAAACCGGGAUGGGAAUGACCCGGAAACCAACCCGGAUCCUGACAGAGAAGGCUCGUUUUUGAAAGAUCAGCAAGAAAGGAAAUGUGGAUUGGGUUCAACGAGGUCGAUGGGUUUCGUUGUGGUGGCGUUAAUGCUCGUUUCAGUUGUAUUUUCAGUUUCAGUAGUGCUUCAAGACCCACCCAGUGAUGGGGUUUUGGACUCUGCUAAAGAUGUUAGAUUUGCUGAUGUUAUGGAAUCAAUUAAGGAGCAACGAGUUCUUGAAGUCAAACCCCAGAAAGUCUUAGGUCCAGUAGACGAUCAUGCCCCGCCUGUUGAGGAGCGUAAAGAUAAACUGCAAGGUGGGCUUCUUGUAGCCGGAUUUGAUGAAACUUCUUGUAUCAGCAGGUAUCAGUCAAUCUUAUACCGCAAAGAAUCACUACAUAAAGCUUCACCUUAUCUGAUCUCGAGGUUACAGAGUUAUGAAGCUCUCCAUAAACGAUGUGGGCCAUAUACGGAAUCAUAUAACAAAACCUUGGAAAAGCUCAAGACUGGGGAUCACCUUGAAUCUACAGAUUGUAAUUAUUUAGUAUGGAUUUCCUUUAGUGGAUUGGGAAAUAGGAUACUGACCCUAGCCUCGGCAUUUCUCUAUGCACUUCUUACAAAUCGUGUCCUACUCGUUGACCCUGGAGACGAUAUGGUUGAUCUUUUUUGUGAACCAUUUCCGGAGCUCUCCUGGUUUCUCCCUCUGGAUUUCCCCCUUACAAGUCAAUUCAGCAGCUUUGAUCAGAAAUCUCCUCAUUGUUUCGGAAAAAUGCUAAAGAACAACACUUUUGCUAAUUCAAGCAGGUCUAUAUCAUCAUCUUUCGUAUAUCUCCAUCUGGUUCAUGAUUAUGAUGAUCAAGAUAAGCUCUUUUUCUGUGAUGAAGACCAAACUUCUCUUCGGGAAGUGCCGUGGUUGAUCAUGAAAUCAGAUAACUACUUUGUACCGUCUCUCUUCUUGAUCCCCUCUUUUGAGCAGGAACUCGGUAAUCUCUUCCCGAGAAAAGAGACGGUUUUCCACUUCUUGGGUCGCUAUCUCCUCCACCCUACAAAUCAGGUUUGGGGACUUAUUACCCGGUAUUAUCAAGCUUAUUUAGCUAAAGCAGAUGAAAGGAUAGGCAUCCAGAUUAGAGUAUUCGACACCGCGACUGGUCCAUUCAAGCAUGUUUUUGAUCAGAUUCUUGCUUGUGCUUUGAAGGAGAAUCUGCUGCCUGAGAUCAGCUCAGAAAAAUCUAUAACCAAUCAAUCUCUGAAGUCUAAAGCUGUGCUGGUUACAUCUUUGAGUGCAGGUUACUUUGAGAGAUUAAGGGACAUGUACUGGGAACAUCCGACUGUGACAGGGGAGAUCAUUGGUUUUUACCAACCGAGCCACGAAGAGUAUCAGCAAACAGAGAAGCGAUUUCACAACCGGAAAGCAUGGGCUGAAAUGUAUUUACUGAGCUUGAUGGAUGUGCUUGUAACGAGCUCAUGGUCAACUUUUGGUUAUGUUGCUCAAAGCCUGGGAGGAUUGAAGCCAUGGAUACUGUACAAACCCGAGAACCGGACGGUCCCAGAUCCACCUUGUCGCCGAGUCAUGUCGAUGGAGCCAUGUUUCCAUGCACCACCCUUUUAUGAUUGUAAAGCCAAGAGAGGCAUUGACACAGGUGCAGUAGUUCCUCAUGUAAGGCACUGUGAAGAUAUGAGUUGGGGUCUUAAACUUGUCGACAAUAAAAGUGAGUUAUAGGCAUAGUUUUACUCAGACUAUUGUAGAAAGUAAUAUUAAAUCAUGUGUCCGUUAAGUUUGAACAUUUAACAACAUUUUUGUUGGCAAAUUCGUUCAAUGGUUGGAUUAAUGUAACAUUUACAUUUUA